AUGGAACGUCUAUCUAUCUAUCUAUCCAUCUAUCUAGGUCUGUUCAUUCUAUAUCUAUCUAUCUAUCUAGGUCGCUGUUCAUUCUAUCUAUCUAUCUAUCUAUCUAUCUAUCUAUCUAUCUAUCUAUCUAUCUAUCUAGGUCGCUGUUCAUUCUAUCUAUCUAUCUAUCUAUCUAUCUAUCUCGGUCGCUGUUCAAUCUAUCUAUCUAUCUAUCUAUCUAUCUAUCUCGGUCGCUGUUCAAUCAUCUAUCUAUCUUCAUCUAUCUGUUCAUCUAUCUAUCUAUCUAUAUCUAUCUCGGUCGCUGUUUCUAUCUAUCUAUCAUUAUCUAUCUAUCUCGAUACAUCAAAAGCAUCUCAGCUUCAACAACCACUACCACUCCUUACAUCUCUCUCAUUUUCACCCUCCCUUUUACUUCUCUCAUACAUUCUACCUCCUUUUUCUUAUUCACAGGACAUAUUACUAAAUGAAACUUACAUCUCUUAA